CACACCCCUGCCCUGCCUCACCCCCCUCUCUUCCAGGGACCCUCCACACCACACCCAUGGCCUGCUACGACCUCUGCCGACCCUGCGGACCCACCCCGCUGGCCAACAGCUGCAACGAGCCCUGUGCCCUGCAAUGCCAGGACUCCCGCGUCAUCAUCAACCCUUCCCCUGUGCUGGUCACCCUGCCAGGACCCAUCAUGACCUCCUUCCCCCAGAGCACCGUCGUCGGAUCCACCUCCUCGGCUGCCGUGGGCACUGAACUCAAUGCCCAGGGACAGCCCAUCUCUGGGGGAUUUGGCUUUGGCCUUGGCUAUGGCCUGGGAGGCCUGGGCUGUGGCUACGGCAGAAGGGGCUGCUACAACUGCUAAGGGACCUCAGCAACAUUCCUGACAUGGAAUUUCAUACUCUUGGCUAAUGGUUGCCCUGCUUGCACCUCACAUGAUCCCUUCCACUUGUUUCUUUUGUCUUUUCAAUCUUCUGCCUCAAUAAAGUACUGUUGCAUCAAAGACU